AGAGAGAGAGAGAGAGGAAGUAAAACUCCACCACAGAGACUAUAAAAGUUCAUCCUCUCUGCUUUUCUGUUCACAGCAGCUGGAGCCACAUCUGUAUGGAAACCUGAGGUCUGCACAUCUGUUACCUGGGAUGGAUCCUGUUAACUCCACCCACCUCGCCACCAACCAAUCAGACUUCCGGAGCGUGUUCACGCGCCAGGUGCUCCCGUCGCUCUACCUGGUGGUCUUCCUGGUGGGCGUGGCCCUGAACGGCGUGGCCGCCUGGAUCUUCUUCCGGGUCCCAGCGGACUCGGGCCUGGUGGUGUACCUGAAGAACAUGGUGGUGGCCGACCUCCUCAUGCUCCUCAGCUUCCCCUUCAGGGUGGGGGCGGAGCUGGUCCUGGGCGGGUGGCGCCUCCACGUCGUCAUGUGCCGCUACACCGCCGUGCUCUUCUACUCCUCCAUGUACGUGGGCAUCCUCUUCAUGGGCUUCAUCAGCCUGGAGCGCUACGUCAAGAUCGUCCGCCACUCCUCCUCCUCCUCCUCUUCCUCCUCCUGCUGGAGCAGAGUGGGCGGAGCUUUCUCCCUGCACCACGUCCAGAACGCCAGGUGCGCCCGGGUGCUGGCGUUCCUGUCCUGGAGCCUCCUCCUCCUCUGCGUCCUGCCCAACGUGGUCCUGACGAGCCUCCCGGCCGGAGAGCACAACGCUCAGCAGUGCAUGAAGCUGAAGACUCGUCUGGGCGUGAUGUGGCACCAGGUCUCCUCCCUCUUCAGCGUCGCCCUCUUCUGGUUGACCUUCCUCGUCCUCGUCUUCUGCUACGUGUCCAUCGCCCUGAAGAUCUACCGCUCGUACCGGCGUGUCCGCCGCGACAACAGCGACGUCUGCCGCAAGUCCAACCGCAGCAUCUUCAGCAUCCUGGCCGUGUUCUUCGUCUGCUUCGUGCCGUACCACGUCUGCAGGGUCCCCUACACCCUGAGCCAGACCCCUCCUUCCGAGCGUACCUCCUCUCCAGUCAAGAGCACGCUCUCUGUCGGCUCACGUCCCCGACCCCUCUCAUCCAGGUCGAAUUCAGGUCUGCUCGAAUGUGGACGGAGAGAGGCGUGCACCAGCUCAGAACAUCUGGAGAGCGAGGGCAGGAUCGUGGUCACUCACCACGGCCCAGAGCCUGCUACAUCUAGUAGGUCCAGAGGAGGCCAGGUCGGAGUCUGCUCACCCACUGGACCUCAUGUGGCCUUCAGGAGUCGCUCUAGGAAGGAGCGGGAGAGGAGGAGGUCGCUCACCACGGCCCAGAGCCUCAGCAACAUCUAG